AUGGAGGGCCCGGAGGAGGAGGAGGACGCGGCGGCGCUGCUGGCGCAGGACCCCCGCAUGCGGUGGCUGGGCGGCCGCGUGGCGCGGGGGCUGCGCCAUGUCCACAACCUGAAAAGUGCUGUUUUUGUGGUUGAUGGACAAGUAAAGGGCAAAACCUUGCUGCCCCUUCCAGCUGGCUCAGAAAGAUUUGAGCACAUUGAUCUGGAAAAUGAGAAAUCGUGACUGAUAGAUAAUUCUAUCAUUUAUGCUGCUGAGUCAGCUAUUAUUGACUGGAGCAACCAGGUCCAAGAAGUGCUGAGGAGAGAGUCCUCGGAGCCUCUCCUGAAAGGCAGCAACCCCAACCCAAAGGUGGAACUCGAGUUCUGGAGAAACAGGUAUGAUGACCUGGAGCGCAUUUACAGUCAGCUGAGAACGAAGAGGGUCAGGAAUAUGGCAAAAGUGCUGGAGAGAAUCGAGAGCUGCUACUUCCUGGCCUUCAAGGAACUCCUCACGGAUGUCGAGGAAGCUUUGGCUGAAGCUGAGGACAUUAACCUGCACCUGAUGCCUCUCCAGCGGUACUUGGCAAACAUAGAGAGUGUUGAGUUCAGUGAGGUGAAGCCUUUCCUGGUUCCUCUGCUCCACGUGGUGUGUUUAAUCUGGGUCACCUCCAUGCACUACAACAUACCUGAGCGGAUAAUAGUGCUGCUCCAGGAAAUCUGCAACCUUCUUAUUCAGCAGGCCCUGGUGUACCUGAGCCCAGAAGACCUUCUGAAAGGGGAUAUGGAAGAAAGCUUGGGCAAAGUGCAACUGGUGCUUGACAUCCUGAAUGAGUUCAAAGAGGCAUUUCAAGAGAGAAGGGAAACUCUUCACACAUACUAUAAACCAGGCCAAGAAGUGAAGGAAUGGGAUUUCUACUCUGCCAUGGUUUUUGCAAGGUUGGACAGCUUCCUUGGCAGACUGCAGAUGGUAAAGGAUCUGCUCGCUACUGCCUUGGACCUGAUGAAACUGGAGAAGAUUGAGUUCAGUGGGAUUAAAGGAAAAGCCCUGAGCCAGCAGGUCCUAAGCAUGUAUGAGGAAUUCCAGGAGGCGUACAACGUGUUUGUGGAACGAACCUAUGACUGUCUUGACCUGACCAAUACGGAGUUUGAGCAAGAUGCCUUUGACUUCCAGAAGAAAGUAGAAGAUAUGGACCGAAGGCUGGCAACUAUCUUCACCCAGGCUUUUGAUGAUGCCUCAGACUUGGAGCAUGCCUUCAAGUUGCUGGACAUGUUUGGAAGCCUUUUGGAGCGACCAGUAAUAGCUGCAGAUGCUGCUGACAAAUAUCCUGAACUCAUCAGCAUGUUCGACAGGGCCUUAGAUGAUGCUGGAUUGAUCUACUCCAGGCAUAUCCAGGCAGAGCUGGAGUUGGGAGCCCCCCCUGUGCACAGGAACAUGCCCCUGGUAGCUGGAGCGCUGGGCUGGGCUCAGGAGCUGCGAGCGCGGAUCCAGGUGCCGUUCGGGCACUUCAGGCACAUCACACACCUGUGCGUGUCCACAGCUAACUGCCUGGACUCUGAUGAAGGAAGAAGAGUGGUGGAGAAGUAUGAAGAAAUGCUCCAGUUGCUCAAAAGGUAUCAGGAAAAGCUCUAUGAGGACUGGUCCCAGACAGUCUCUGAAAAAUCACAGUACAACCUCACUCAGCCACUCAUCCGACGAGAUCCAGAGACCAAACUCAUAGCAGUCAACUUUGAUCCCCAGCUGGUUUCAGUGCUGAGAGAAGUGAGUUACCUGUCCAGCAGGCAGAUGGGAAGCAUCCCACCAACAGCAGCAGAAAUCUAUUCCUCCAAGGAAUUGUACCGGCAGAUGGUGGCAAACUUGGAGCUGAUGGUGAACAGAUACAACAAGAUCCUGAAGACAGUCCUGGAGGUUGAAUAUCCUCUAAUACAGAGGCAGCUGCUGGAUAUUGACUUGAAGCUGAAAGAAGCAGAAGAAACGCUGAACUGGCAGAUGGAGGGUGUCUGGAAUCGGAUCUCUGUGGUGAUGGAUGAUGUCCACAGCCUCGAGCAGAGGAUGCAGAAAGCCAAAGACAAUGUUGAGGAGAUUCAGACCAUCAUAAGAUCAUGGGUGUCACCUGUAUUUGAGAGAAAAGAUGGCAAAAAGGAAUCACUGUUGAGCCUAGAGGACUGUCAGGACCGCCUGGAAAAGCGUUACAGUCUCAUCCAAGAGUCAGGGCUGAGGAUUCAUUCGCUGGUCAAGGAAAAUCAGAGCCUCUUUACUGCAGAUGCUGCAUCUGACAUCUGGAAGGCCUAUGUGGAUUAUGUGGAUGAAAUAGUCCUGGAUGGAUUCUUUACUGCCAUUGAGAGCUCACUCAAGUAUCUCCUGGAAAAUACAGAUCCCAAGGCUGGACUUGCUCCCCUGUUUGAAGUGCAACUGGAUUUGGUGAUUCCAGAUUUGAUAUUUCAUCCCUCCCUGGACCCUGUCACAAACGAUGGCUUCUACGACAUGAUGGAAAGUCUUCUCAAUGACAUUUAUCGGGUCUCCUCACUGAUGCCCAGGCUGGCUGAGCACAGCGGUUUCCCUCACUAUCAGGCCGACAUGGAGGACAUGGCUGAUCUAGCUGACAUGCGUCAUGACCUGAUGGAGCGCGUGAAGAACGUGAUGGUGGCCUGUUGUGACUACCGCAAUUCCUUUGACCACUACUCCUACCUCUAUGGGGAUGACAGGAAAGAGUUCAUUCGCCAGUUCCUCCUAUACGGCCAUGUCCUCACGGCUGCAGAACUCGAGGCCCACACAGAGGAUGGAGUCCUGGAGACUCCUCCCACCCUGCAGCAGUUCAGGGAACAGAUCGACUCCUAUGAGAAGAUCUACGAGGAGGUGAAUCGCAUCGAGCCCAUCAGUGUGUUCCACAGCUGGAUGAAAGUUGAUGCUCGGCCUUUUAAGGCAUCUUUGCUGAAUGUAAUUAAAAGGUGGAGCCUGAUGUUUAAACAGCAUCUCAUUGACCACGUCACACACAGCUUGGCUGACCUUGAAGAGUUCAUAAAAAUUGCUGAUAAAGGCUUGAGCAAAAAGGUUGAAAAAGGAGAUUAUGAUGGUUUGGUGGAGAUCAUGGGUCACCUGAUGGCUGUUAAAGAAAGGCACAGUGCCACUGAUGAGAUGUUUGAGCCCCUAAAGCAAACCAUUGAACUACUGAAGAUAUAUGAGCAACAGCUGCCAGAGGAAGUCCAUAAGCAACUAGAGGAGCUGCCAGAAAAAUGGAACAACAUAAAGAAGCUGGCAAUAGCUGUGAAACAGCAUGUGGCUCCUUUGCAGGCAAAUGAAAUGACAGUACUUCGGAAGAGCUGUGCAGCGUUUGAUGUCCAACAGCAUAAAUUCAGAGAGCGAUUUCGGAAAGAAGCACCAUUCAGGUUUGACACUGGAAAGCCUUAUCAACUGCUGGAUGCAAAGCACAUUGAGGUUAAACAAAUGGAGUCAGCCAUGACCUCGAUUUAUGAAUCAGCUAGUCUGUUUGAAGUCAUGGUUCCAGACUACAAGCAGCUGAAGCAGUGCAGAAAGGAAAUGUGUCUUCUGAAGGAGCUCUGGGAUAUGAUUUCCAUUGUAAAUUCUAGCCUUGGUGACUGGCAGAACACUAAAUGGGUGGAUAUUAAUGUAGAAAACAUGGAUCUUGAGUGUAAAAAGUUUGCAAGAGAGAUUCGAAAUUUAGAUAAAGAAAUGAGGGCAUGGGAUGCCUUUACAGGGCUGGACAGCAAGGUAAAGAACAUGCUGACAGCUCUGAGGGCAGUGGCAGAACUUCAAAAUCCUGCCAUUAGAGAAAGACACUGGAAUCAACUGAUGCAGACAACGGGUGUAAAGUUUGUGAUGGACUCGGACACCACGCUGGCCGACCUCCUGAAGCUCGAGCUGCAUAACUUUGAGGAUGAGGUUCACGGAAUUGUGGACAAAGCAGUGAAAGAAAUGAGCAUGGAGAAAGUCCUGAAAGAGCUAAAAACAACCUGGAGCAGCAUGGACUUUCAGUAUGAGCCUCAUCCUCGCACAAACAUUCCAUUACUGAAAUCAGAUGAGGAACUCAUUGAAACUUUAGAAGACAACCAGGUGCAGCUGCAGAAUUUAAUGACAUCCAAGUAUAUUGCUUUCUUUUUGGAGGAAGUGUCUGCAUGGCAAAAGAAGCUCUCCACUGCAGACUCUGUCAUUUCGCUCUGGUUUGAGGUGCAACGUACGUGGUCUCACUUGGAAAGCAUAUUCAUAGGCUCGGAAGACAUACGGAUGCAGCUUCCUGAGGACUCUAAAUGCUUUGAAGGGAUUGAUGUCCAUUUUAAAGAACUUGCCUAUGAAGUACAGAAAACGCCAAAUGUAAUUGAAGCCACCAAUAAACCAGGUCUCUCUGAACACCUGGAGGACAUUCAGAGUAGCAAUUCUUCCACAAAGGUGCAUAAAAACAUAACUGAGGUGCAACGUCAUCUUUCCAAACUCUUUGACAACUUGGCCAAGAUAAAAUUCCAGCUAGAUUCUGAGCAAAAGCCAAACAAGAUUGGCUUAGGAAUGUACAGCAAAGAGGACGAAUACGUCAGCUUUAGUGAGCCCUGUGACUGUAACGGGCAGGUUGAAAUCUGGCUGAAUCAUGUGCUACAUAGCAUGAGGGCUACUGUGAGAGACGAGAUGACAGAAGCAGUCACUGCUUAUGAGGAGAAGCCCAGGGAGCAGUGGCUCUUUGACUAUCCUGCCCAGGUGGCUCUUUCCUGCACCCAGAUUUGGUGGACGACUGAGGUUGGAAUUGCCUUUGCCAGACUAGAGGAAGGCUACGAGAAUGCGAUGAAGGAAUAUCACAAGAAGCAAGUGGCUCAGCUGAAUACCCUUGUUACCAUGUUGAUUGGGCAGCUCUCCAAGGGUGACAGGCAGAAAAUCAUGACCAUUUGCACCAUCGAUGUGCACGCUCGGGAUGUGGUGGCGAAGAUGAUAGCUCAGAAGGUGGACAACGCUCAGGCGUUCAUUUGGCUGUCUCAGCUCCGGCACAGAUGGGCGGAUGAAGAGCGGCACUGUUUUGCCAAUAUCUGCGAUGCCCAGUUCCUGUACUCCUAUGAAUAUCUUGGCAACACCCCUCGGCUUGUGAUCACUCCAUUGACUGACAGAUGUUACAUUACCCUGACCCAGUCACUGCACCUAACCAUGAGUGGAGCUCCUGCAGGUCCUGCAGGCACCGGCAAGACGGAGACUACUAAGGAUUUGGGGCGAGCCCUGGGCAUCAUGGUGUAUGUGUUUAACUGCUCCGAGCAGAUGGACUACAAGUCUUGUGGGAAUAUUUACAAAGGCCUUUCCCAGACGGGAGCCUGGGGCUGUUUCGAUGAAUUUAACAGAAUCUCAGUCGAGGUGCUUUCUGUGGUGGCUGUACAGGUGAAGAGUGUGCAGGAUGCUAUACGGGAAAAAAAGAAAUCCUUCAAUUUUCUUGGAGAAGACAUUAACUUAGUGCCCUCAGUAGGUAUUUUCAUCACCAUGAACCCUGGUUAUGCAGGUCGAACUGAGCUACCUGAGAAUUUAAAAGCUCUUUUCAGGCCAUGUGCAAUGGUUGUGCCAGAUUUUGAGCUGAUCUGUGAAAUUAUGCUGGUGGCUGAGGGUUUCAUUGAGGCCCGUGCUCUAGCAAGGAAGUUCAUUACUCUCUACCAGCUCUGUAAAGAACUCCUGUCCAAACAGGAUCACUAUGACUGGGGCUUACGUGCUAUCAAGUCAGUGCUAGUUGUUGCUGGUUCCCUCAAACGAGGGGACCCAGAGCGACCCGAAGACCAGGUUCUGAUGCGCUCUCUUCGCGACUUCAACAUCCCCAAGAUUGUGACCGAUGAUAUGCCAGUAUUUAUGGGCCUGAUUGGGGAUCUUUUCCCUGCACUGGAUGUGCCUCGGAAGCGGGACCUGAAUUUUGAGUCAUUUGUGAAGCAGGCCGUGUUGGACCUCCGGCUGCAGGCUGAAGACAACUUUGUGCUCAAAGUGGUGCAGCUGGAGGAGCUGCUGACAGUCCGACACUCGGUCUUUGUGGUGGGUAAUGCAGGCACAGGCAAAUCUCAGGUGCUGAAAUCCCUGAACAAGACCUACCAGAUAAUGAAGCGCCGUCCUGUGUGGGCAGACCUCAACCCCAAGGCAGUCACUAAUGAUGAGCUUUUUGGCAUUAUUAAUCCUGCAACAAGGGAAUGGAAAGACGGACUGUUUUCGUCAAUCAUGCGAGAGCUGGCCAACAUAACACAUGAUGGUCCCAAGUGGAUGGUACUAGAUGGAGAUAUUGAUCCGAUGUGGAUUGAGUCUCUUAAUACUGUGAUGGAUGAUAAUAAGGUGCUGACUCUGGCAAGCAAUGAGAGGAUCCCUCUGAACCCAACGAUGCGGCUGCUCUUUGAGAUCAGCCACCUGCGCACGGCCACUCCAGCCACCGUGUCCAGAGCAGGGAUCCUGUACAUCAACCCAGCGGACCUAGGCUGGAAUCCCCCAGUGAGCAGCUGGAUUGACAGGCGAGAGAUCCAGUCAGAAAGAGCUAACUUGACUAUUUUGUUUGACAAGUAUCUGCCACGUUGUCUGGAUACACUUAGAACAAGAUUUAAGAAGAUUAUUCCCAUCCCAGAGCAGAGUAUGAUUCAGAUGUUGUGCUACCUCCUUGAAUGUCUCCUGACGGAGGAGAACACACCCCUUGACUGUCCCAAAGAGCUAUAUGAACUUUACUUUGUGUUUGCUGCCAUCUGGGCCUUUGGUGGAUCAAUGUUUCAAGACCAGCUUGUAGACUACAGAGUGGAAUUCAGUAAGUGGUGGGUAGCAGAAUUCAAGACUAUCAAAUUUCCCUCUCAGGGAACAGUCUUUGACUUUUACAUUGAUCCAGAAACGAAGAAGUUUGAGCCUUGGUCCAAACUUAUUCCUCAGUUUGAAUUUGAUCCAGAAAUGCCAUUGAAGGCUUGCCUGGUGCCCACCACCGAGACAGUCCGUGUGCGGUACUUCAUGGACAAGCUCCUGGAGCGCCGGCGGCCGGUGAUGCUGGUGGGGAACGCAGGCACAGGGAAGUCUGUGCUGGUGGGAGACAAGCUCUCCUCUCUGGACACGGAUGCCUAUGUGGUGAAGAAUGUUCCUUUUAACUAUUACACCACCUCUGCCAUGCUGCAAGCCGUGCUUGAGAAGCCUCUGGAUAAGAAAGCUGGUAGAAACUACGGCCCUCCUGGUACCAAGAAGCUCAUCUACUUCAUUGAUGAUAUGAAUAUGCCAGAAGUGGAUGCCUAUGGGACUGUGCAGCCCCACACCCUGCUCAGGCAGCACCUGGACUAUGGCCACUGGUACGACAGGACCAAGUUGUCACUGAAGGAGAUCAUGAAUGUGCAGUACGUGUCGUGCAUGAACCCCACUGCAGGGAGCUUCACCAUCAAUCCACGUUUGCAGCGUCACUUCUGUGUCUUCGCCCUCUCAAUUCCGGGGCAGGAUGCCUUGUCUGGAAUCUACAGCACCAUCCUCAUGCAGCACCUGGCAAAUGGGAAUUUCUCAGAGGCUGUGCAAAAAUCAACUCAGCAGUUGAUCAGCCUGGCCUUGGGCCUGCACCAGAAAGUGGCUGCUACCUUCCUGCCAACAGCCAUCAAAUUCCAUUACAUUUUCAACCUGAGAGACUUCUCCAAUAUCUUCCAAGGCCUUCUCUUUUCUACCCCUGAGGUUCUGAAGCACCCCCAAGACCUUGUGAAGCUCUACCUGCAUGAGUCAAACCGGGUAUACCGGGAUAAGAUGGUUGAAGAAAAUGAUUGUGUUAUCUUCGAUAAAAUGCAGCUGGAGAUGGUGAAGAAAUUCUAUGAUGAGAUGGAGGAAACUUUAGAACAGACCAAGCAGAUGAACAUAUAUUGUCAUUUUGCAAAAGGCAUUGGAGAACCCAGCUAUAGACCUGUUCCAAACUGGGAAGAAUUGAACCAGAUCCUUGUGGAAGCCUUGGAUAAUUACAACGAAGUCAACGCUGCCAUGAACUUGGUGCUUUUUGAGGAUGCCAUGUGCCAUGUUUGCCGCAUCAACCGUAUCCUGGAGUCCCCCAGAGGUAACGCUCUGCUGGUUGGGGUAGGUGGAAGCGGCAAGCAGAGCUUGACAAGGCUUGCAGCAUUCAUCAGCUCUCUGGACGUUUUCCAGAUCACUUUGAGAAAAGGUUACGGGAUCUCUGACCUAAAG